AUGUGCACCGCCAUGCGUAGAAACGAAAGUCAAGAGUUAAACGAAGGCACAGACUCGUCACGUCGACCAACAAAACAAAUAAGAGCGGUCCGAGAAGAAAGUGUACGAGAGGAAGCCAAGGAUAUAGAGGAAGGAUAUAUAUUUUACGCCAUGGGGCGAAAUGUCUUUCAUUUCAAGAUUGGAGGAGUAACCAUCCCAAUGACCAUCGAUUCAGGGGCGGAUGCCAAUAUAAUAUCUUCUAAAAUUUGGAUCCAAAUGAAAGAAGCUGGCGUGCAGGUUAUCAAUAUGUUCGAACAAACUGAUCGCAUUUUGAAAGCAUAUGCGGCAUCAGAUCCUUUGAAGGUGCUGGGGAUGUUCACCGCAGACAUUCAAGCAGGACCUCGUAAAGCUGAAGCAAAGUUUUACGUCGUCGAAGGUGAUCAACAAUGUUUACUCGGAGAUAAAACGGCUUGCCAAUUGCAGGAAUUAAAAAUUGGAUUUGACAUAGCGGCAGUAAAAGGACCCUUGAACGAAUUCCCUAAAAUGAAAGGAAUUUUAGUUGAAAUCCCAAUUGAUAAAACCGUUCAGCCGGUCCAGCAACCAUAUCGGCGAGCACCCUUUGCAUUGGAAGGAUUGAUCGAACAAAAACUUAGCAUGUCGCUUGAUCAGGAUAUCAUCGAAAGUGUGAAUCAGCCAGCACAAUGGGUGUGCCCGUUAGUUCCAGUUCUUAAGGAUUCGGGAGAGAUCAGACUCUGCAUAGACAUGCGUCGAGCAAACCGUGCAGUGGUGCGUGACAAGCACUCCUUACCAGUUAUAGAAGAAUUGCUCGGCAGUAUCAACGGAGCCGUGAAGUUUUCAAAACUGGAUAUCAAAGAUGCUUACCACCAAGUAGAGCUUUCCGAGUAUUCCCGCGAGAUAACAGCGUUUAUCACCAAGUACGGGUUGUUCAGGUAA